UUCAGCAAGAAGGAGAUCAUCCUGAUCAGCUCUGUUCUCGGAUUGUAUGAUCUCACUUAAACAAGCGUUACUAUUCACUUUGGAAAUCUAUGUGAGUUUCAGACUGACUAUUUUGUGCUUAGCGGCAUCCUUCAGGAAGUGGGGACCUGAGCCUACAACAUAAAUAGAGGUUAACAUCAACGGUAGAGCUGCAGUGAAAGACACAGUGGUUUGAAUACACCACGUGAUGAAACCUACUUCCUUUAAAUGGAAGAUGUGCACUCUCUCUGUUUCUCUUUUUGUGAUCAAGGCAGAUUGAUUUGAUUGAGGGAUGGCGGGUACAAGAAUCAGUAUAAGUGGUGUAGGGAAACAGCCGCCUCUGAUUCUGCCCAAUCAGUUGACCGGAGCAGGACAAGGCGCAGUCCAGAUGCGCAUCAAAAGCUCGCAGAGCAGUGGGGAACGCCUGAGUCAAUCCAAGUCCAUGGUUCUGCAGGAUCCUGACCUGCCUCCCAAACCUAUUUCUCGCCACCGGAGAAACCAGUCUCAGCAUAAUAUUGGUGGAGCUGGAGCCGCAGAGUCUCCUGUUGUUUUGAAAGGUGAAUAUUUGAACAAAGCCAAAAUAUCAGAUGGAGGGAAAAAACUGAGGAAGAAUUGGACCUCAACAUGGGUAGUCCUUGAAACAGAUCAACUUCUGUUUUAUAAAGAGAGCAAGCAAGAAGCCCUGACGAAUUUGAAAUCUGGAUGCAGGCCUGAUGGGGUGGAUCUCUGUGGGGCAAUGAUUGAAUGGACAACUGAGAGGUCCAGCCGGAAGAACGUGGUUCAGAUAACAACCAGCUCUGGAAGUGAGUUCCUUCUCCAGGCUGACAAUUACCCAACUAUAUGUAAAUGGCAUGAUGCUAUGAAAAGGACAGCUGAAAGCUUGUCCACAAAUGCUGGAGGGCAGGUCUGUGGAAAGCCUGGCAUACGCAGGGCGAACAGCACAGAGUACUUACCCAGACAUGGAUUGUCAGGCAAGACACUGUCACUGCCGAGGCCUGCACCUGAAUCCCCCAGCGCAAAGGAAUCAAAACCUGAACACCGGCGCUCUCUCAUUUUCAAGUCCUCCAAGCUCAACUACAGCAUGUCGGACAGUGCUGACAAGAACGGUGUCAAGAAUAGACUCAAAAAGUUCAUCACACGACGGCCGUCCAUGAAGACUCUGCAGGAAAAAGGCAUCAUCAAAGAUCGAGUGUUUGGGUGUCAUUUGUUGGGGCUUUGCGAGCGGGAAGGAACAACUGUGCCAAAAUUUGUCAGGCAGUGUGUUGAGGCUGUUGAAAAAAGAGGUUUGGACGCUGAUGGCAUCUACAGAGUAAGUGGCAAUCUUGCCACCAUCCAGAAGUUACGAUUCUUGGUUGACCAAGAGGAGGAGUUUAACCUGGAUGACAGCCAAUGGGAGGACAUCCACGUCGUCACCGGGGCACUCAAGUUGUUUUUCCGGGAGCUGCCGGAGCCCCUGUUUCCCUUCCGAUUCUUUGAGCCAUUUGUGGAGGCCAUCAAAACAAAGGAAGGCAAGCAGAAGGUGCAGGCAAUGAAGAAGCUGGUACUUCAGCUUCCCAAACCCAACCAGGACACCAUGAAAGUACUCUUCAAACACCUGCAGAGGAUUCUAACGUGUUCUCAGAAGAACCUGAUGUCGACCCAAGGCAUCAGCAUCGUGUUUGGGCCGACACUCAUGUGGCCAGAGUUGGACUGUGGGGACAUGGCAGUCAAUAUGGUCUAUCAGAACCAGAUAGUGGAGUUCAUACUCAUUGAGAGCCCAGAGAUCUUUGGCCUGGACAAAAAGUGAUAUGGACAUUUACUACACCGCAACACAUGGGUUCAUGAACAAACAGAAGGAUUUAUUGUGUCAACAGCUAGGAGCGAGUUGCUAGUAUUACUGUAAAAUACAGUAUUAUUAAUGGCGAGGAUUAGAUUUAAUGGUGAGGAUUUUAGAUUAUUUAAAUUGUAAAUCAUCUAAAAAGGAUAGCGUUUGGAUUGUGUGACAUCAAUAUUGCAUUAUUGUAAUUUACACUGACAAAACCUAGCACCCAAACUGUGCGGAAAUUUCUGUAUAUACAGUUUAGAAAUGUAUUUUGUGCUUCGGUUCAUUCAUUGCCUUAAACCUAAACCAUUGUCCACAGGCGCCAGUCUGGUGUCACUUUGUGAGUUUAGACCACCGUUUGCAGAGGAUACAGUGGCUCUCAAAAGUAUUCACCGCCCUUGAACUUGUCCAUAUUUUUCACAAGGGGUGAAAAAGCACAUCCCCACAAUUCCCAACCAAGAUGGCUCCGCUAUAGAUUUGAAUGUGUUGACGGCUUGCUCUGUGCUGAGAAUUUGACAAAAGGUAUGUAAGCUAAUGCUCAAAUUUUCUAGAGCAGUGCUAUAGAUGCUUCAUACUGCAUAGCUACCAUGAAAUAAGUCUGGACUAAAGUAAUGUUGACUUGUGGUUGACUGUGAUGCAUCCAAGUGUCUUAUAUGAGCAUCUUACUGAACACCAACUCCAAAUGGAACAUGUGACAGACUGUGAGUACCUGUUACUAUACUCAUUGUAAAAUGGGGCAGGUCUCAUACACUUUGAAAUAAAAAAUAAGCCAUUGAA